AUGCCCAAAGAUCAAACUAAGUUGGUGCAAGAAAUUGUAGUCAUUGGACAUAGCUGCUGUGGAGGAAUCAAGGGCCUCAUGUCUACCCCGGACAAUGGAACUACUGCCUCUGAAUUCAUAGAAGACUGGGUGAAGAUUUGUUUAGCUGCCAAGACAAAGGUAAAGGCGGAGAGUGGCGACUCAAAAUUCAGUGAUCAAUGCACAAAAUGUGAAAAGGCUGCAGUGAAUGUAUCACUUGGGAACCUGCUGACAUAUCCUUUUGUUAGAGAGGGAUUG